AUAGAGAAGUACCGGUUGGAAAGCUGGUCAAACUCAACGGAUCCUGUGCGUUAGAAUCCCGCUCAAAGGGGUAAAGAUAAAUACUCCCUUAGUGUAUAAAAGACCAGUCAUCCAUCCGGAUUUCAACAUCCCAAAUCGUAUUCAAACAUGCUUACUCGUACUUUCAUCCUCAUCGCCGCUGUUGUCAUUGGCGUCAACGCCGCGUGUGACAACGGAGUCCCAGGAUACACUCACAUCGUCAAUCCUGGUGAAACCUGCUCGGGUAUUGCUACCCAAGGCGGGAUUAAUGUCGCGCGACUUCAAGCUGCGAAUCCCGGCAUCAACUGUAACUCUUUGGCGGUUGGCCAGAGGGUUUGUGUUCCCAGCAACUAAUGUUUGAUCUCAGCAGAGGAAGGGUAGAUUGAAAUAAUGAGCCAAGUAUUUUGAUUGCGAUGUGUCUGCUAUUCUAUGCCAAAUUCUCUUGUUUUGAAAUAAAUGUCGAAAUGUUGUCAGUGUUCAUGAAUAAUGCCUAGGCUUCUUGAGUAACGUUCCG